AAUAACGGAAACUAGGUUCAAUCCGUUCCUCCAGCGCUUUGCGAGAAACUUGCCACAAUGUCUGGAGCGUCCAACAUUAAUGCGAUGAAGAAGGUCGUGCAGCAGUUACGGUUCGAAGCGAAUAUCGACAGGGUGAAGGUGUCUCAGGCGGCGGCUGAGCUCCAGCAGUUCUGCAUGCAGAAUGCUCUGCAGGAUCCGCUGCUCACCGGCGUGUCCUCCAGCACCAACCCGUUCCGGACACAAAAGCUCUGCUCUUUCGUCUGAUGCUUCUUGCCACUGGUCUCGUUUCCUGUUCCUGCGUAGUUUCUGACUUCGGAGACUUCUGCCAUAACCUACAAAGCCAGCCAAACGUGUUUUCUGUACGAAACCAGGACCUCAUUCAUUUCUGAAACAUAUAUCCCUUGCACUGGAUUCCUCGUUUCAGGAGCUUAUAUUGUCUGAAACUGGCAUUAACUAUUGAAACAUGGCGUAAAAUUAAGUUCUUUUUUUUUUUUUUUUUUUCCAUAUGUCUCAACUCGUAAAGUGUCCUAAAUGAUUGAUUGUACGUGGAUCACAAACUAAAUCUCCCGCCUUAAGAAGUGGUCAGCAAUGCUCGUCUCUUAGAACCACUUUUGUCAACCGACUGACGAAAGACUUUUUUAUAUUUCACAUGGCAACGCAGUGGAAGUUCUAAUUUAUUGUGCCUUUUUUGUUUUUUAAACCGUGUGCUCUUUUUCUAUUUUCCUUUUUUUUUUUUUGUACUGAAUAAACCAUUGAUUUAUAC